AUGAUUGAUGUGAUGCUCAAGGAAGGGGUUUUGCCAAAGUUAGUGAGUGUUUUAGAUAGAAUUCGUGGGAGUAGAUGUGCCCCUGGCAUUAUUGUGAACACUACACUGGCUUUUAGCAUCAUUGAGGAGGAUAGGGCUGAAGAAGCAAUCACUCUUUUGAAGAGAAUGCUGCAAAGAAACAUGAUGUUUGAUGAUAUUGCAUACUCUUUGAUUGUGGCUAGCUAUUGCAAGUUGUGCAAACUGAACUCGGCACUUCAAUCCAAGGACGAAUUGAUCAACAGGGGAUGCAGCUUGAAUUCAUAUGUUUACACUUGUCUAAUAGGAUUUUAUUCCGAGACAGAAAGAAUCGAAGAGGCUGUUCAAAUGAUGGAAGAGAUGGUGUUAAUAGGACUGAAACCAUAUGAUGAGACAUAUAAUCAUCUGAUAGUUGGUAGAUUUUUGCCUAGUCUUGGUACUUGCAAUGAGAUGAUAAAGACACUCUGCAUAGCAGGAAAUAUUGAGGAAGGCAACAGAACUCUGACAUCUUUGUUAAACAUGGGGCUUGUCCUUGAUCAGGAAAUAUAUUUGAUUCUAAUUGAUGGCUAUGGAACUACGGGAGAUUCUCAGAAAAUUAUUACACUUUACUAUGAGAUGGUGCAUAUGGGUCUUGAGCUCACUGAUCAUGGCCAUGUCGAGAAUCAAGAACCUGCAAGUGUCACUACAAUUGAAGAAAUUCUGCAAGAUGAGCAUGAUCCUGUGGAGAAGCAGAGCGUAUCAGUGCUAGUAAGAAUGGAAAACAACCUCUACAAGAUCUCCCUGAAUAUGGCAGCUCAACAUCAUUCCUACAGUCCUGACUGCUCCAGUUGUCAUAAGUUCACAAGCACACAGCGAACUUCCCUUGCGCGGAAGCAGUCUCUCGCUGCUGUGCAAUAG